AAAACCGAGUUUGCUGAGGCCCCCUUCUUGAGAACCACUGAUUUAAAAGCAUUUAUAGUUCAGAUGUUGCACUGACGUGAGGUGGAAUUGUGUGUUCGGUGUAUUGAACUGUUGUUUUAUUAUUUGGUUUGAUGGCUGUGCAGUUUGUAAGUGGCUGUUGAGCUUCAUGUUAAGAGCCUUGUUAUUUUAAAUACUUAAUGAGUUGAUGUACUCUAUUGUCUGCUGUUGAUAAGUUUCUAUUGGAAACUGCAUAUUAUAAAAUUAUAACGGAACUGAGUUUAAUCAUAUUUGCAAUAUGUGACUUUUAGCUGUACGGAUGCUAGUAGCGAUAUCUGUAAAUUCUUGAAACUGAUACAGUGUUUCUCUCUGAUAGUGUGGUCAGAUGAUAAGUUUUAAUUGUGAAUGGAGUUCAUAUCAUAUUACUUGCACAUUUGCAUGUGGAAACUGAAAGAAUGAUGUUGACGGUUGUAAAACUAGCCUUUCCUGUUAAUCCGAAUCUUGUGAAACAAAGUUGUUUUUCUGGAUCCGAAGACGUUAUUAUUUGCUGCAGACUGGCUGUUAUUGUUGUUGGCUCUUUUUUUUUUUUUUGGCUGUGAGAAGUCAGUUUCCUUGGUUUGAAAAUGAAAGUUGGGAUCUCUUUUGAAUAUUGUUAUACGGAGGCAAUAGUUGAGUCAGCGAUAACGCUAUUAUAUGUGCCCCUUUUUGUCUGCAGGUCCUGUUGUGUGUGCUCCAUCAUGGCUGUGGUCAUCCGAUUACAGGGACUCAGAAUCACGGCUGGUUCUGAGGACAUUCGCAAUUUCUUCACUGGGCUCAGAAUCCCUGAUGGUGGGGUUCAUAUAGUUGGUGGGGAGCUUGAGGAAGCUUUCAUAAUAUUUGCAUCUGAUGAAGAUGCGAGACGUGCGAUGACGCGCUCGGGGGGCUGCAUUAAGGGCUCUCCUGUCAGUUUGCUCCUGAGUAGCAAGUCAGAAAUGCAGAGUGUUCUCGAGGAAAGCACUAGAAGGUCUGAGUUAAAAAGCAGGGGCAUGCACAAGGAGGUUGUCAAAAGUCCUUCUGCGGAACGAGGUCCUCUACCAUUCAAUAAGGACCCGAGAGCAGACAUACGAAGGCCGGAUCAUCAAGAGAUAAGGAACAGGCCUUCUCUAUCGUCAUUCAGUGAGACACGACACCAGAGAGAAGGAAGCACGUCAGAGAGAGAUGAGGUUUAUCUGAAAUUGACAGGUAUGCCAUUCUCUGCGACAAAGGACAACGUCUAUAACUUUUUCAGUGGGUUACAGAUUGAAGACCUUAUGUUUUUGAGAAACCCCAGAGGACAGUUCAACGGCCAGAGUAUUGUGCGCUUUGCUACCAAACAGGAUGCAGUCGAAGGUCUGAAGAGGGAUCGAGAAUACAUUGGACCGCGGUAUAUCCAAGUAACAAGAUGCUCCGAGGAGCAGUGGCUGGCAGAAGGAGGUCUCGUUAAACCGGACAGUCGGAAAAGAGCGUCCUUGGAGCGAGCAAGAUCUCGAUCUCCCAUUUCCUACAAGUCAAGAUCACGAUCGCCCUCUCAUGAAGAAUACUGCGUCAUGUUUGAGAACUUGCCUAACAUGGUUGAAAAGAGAGAUUUGAGGGUGUUACUUCAUCCGGUUUCUUUGAAAGAUGAUCAGAUUAUUAUCUUUGCCCAAAAAAAGGAUGAUAAGACCAGAACGGCUGUUGUGGUGUUUAGAAGUCUCACAGACUAUUGUGCUGGUUUGGCUCAUAAUAAGGAAAUGUUGAUGAACAAGGUAGUGUAUGUGUCACCCAUCUCCAAGGAGAAAAUGGUCACCUUGUUGGAAUCGUCUGUUGACUCGAGAGACGAGGGAAAAGGGUCGAGACGUUCAGCAGAAGCGCCCCAGUCUCAACGAAACAAUCCUGACUCGCAGUUGAGGUGUCUCUACGUGCGCAAUCUCCCAUUUGACGUUCGUAAGGUGGAGAUCAUGGACUUCUUUCAUGGAUAUCCGCUCUCAGAGGAUAGGGUUGUCUUAUUGCGGGACGAAAGAGGAGCUGGGCUCGGUGAGGCUUUGGUGAUCUUCCAAUCUGAGAAGGAGGCCAUGACGGCACAGUCCCUAAACGGACAGCGGUUUCUUGGAUCCGAAGUCAUGCUUAAGUGCAUAACGAUUGGCCAGAUGCAGAAGUUUGGCGUCAAUGACCAGUUGAUGGAUAGCCCACAAGAAAGGAACUUCCAGAGAACCGAAGUUUUCAACGAUGGUCCUCGUUUUUCGAACACCCCGAUGCCCCGAGAUGAUUGUGAGAUGCAGCCUAAUUUGCACCAGGGUUAUGGAGGUCAUGAUCGCUUUGAGCCUAAUUUUGGCCACAAUGAUGCAUUUGGGCCGGGACCGGAUGGUAAUGGACGUCAGUGUUACGGAUCACCUGACCAACAACUUGACGGUCCGACUUGUCUUAAAUUGAUGCAGAAGUUUGGCGUCAAUGACCAGUUGAUGGAUAGCCCACAAGAAAGGAACUUCCAGAGAACCGAAGUUUUCAACGAUGGUCCUCGUUUUUCGAACACCCCGAUGCCCCGAGAUGAUUGUGAGAUGCAGCCUAAUUUGCACCAGGGUUAUGGAGGUCAUGAUCGCUUUGAGCCUAAUUUUGGCCACAAUGAUGCAUUUGGGCCGGGACCGGAUGGUAAUGGACGUCAGUGUUACGGAUCACCUGACCAACAAUUUGACGGUCCGACUUGUCUUAAAUUGGUCAAUCUACCCUCUCAGAUAAGGAUCGAUGAGAUUUAUGACUUCUUCUAUGGAUACAGAGUGAUUCCAGGUUCUGCCUCAUUGCUGCAUGAUAGAAAUGGAGCUCCCAAACGUUCAGCAACGGUAGCUUUCGAAACCCACAGAGAGGCGCUCACUGCUCUUCAAGAAUUAAAUGGUCGACCAAUUGGCACCAGGAAAAUUCAGAUUUUGUUUGUGUAGAUAUGCUUUUAGACUACAAUCUUGAUGUUUUUCUUUAUUUCCUUUUUUAAAGUUGUAUGUGCUUUUUCAAUGAUUAACAAGUGAAGACUUUUUUUGCUUGCUUUUCAUAAAUCUGCAGAUGAAACACUGCUUUAAUUUAGAUUCAUACUUUAUAUCUUGACUGUUUGAAAAUAGUGCAUUUGUAUGCAUGUCAGUGACAGUAUCUAGACUCAGUAUUAUUUGUGCUGUUGAAUGUUUUCCCCCAGAGUAAUGACUACAAUUUGAGAUUUCACUAAAUAUGUCACCAAUAUAUUUUGUUUUCAGAUAAAAUCAGAUCUAAAAGAAUCUUAACAUUGUGAAAUUGUAAAUUUCAUUCUACAACCAGAUAAAUUGUCAGUUCAUGUUUAAUGCUAUU